AUGCGCCCCUGCCAGUUUAAGAUAGCGUCAUCGCUCAGCCGUGGCUUGCACACUGCCCGAUUCACUCCUCGUCCGCAUCGAUAUUUCCACAUCACGACCCCGGCAAGUCUGCCUCGAAAGCGCACUUUCUUCACUUCCAAUGUCUACCUUUCCCAGAGCACCGGCGAGCCCUCGGCGAGGCAAUCAAAGUACGAAAACGACGAGUCACCUCUGCCUGCGCCACCCAAGCGCAAAGGCGUCCGUUCAGCAGGCGCAAAGAACUCCCUUCGCCGAGUAGCGAUCAUAGCCCAACGACCGGCACAACGAGAUGCGGAAGUCGCGUCGACAGAGUCGGUGGAUGCAACCGCCUCAACUUUAAUCAGCGCUGUGUGUGUCGCUGAGGCUUUCGACAUGGGAGCAGUUUUGGAUAUCCUUCGGGCGCAUGGGUUCGACAUCGAUCCGGACCAGAGUGGCUUCGAAGCGAGCGAGGUGGUCCACGCCCGAGGCGUCAAUGGUGGAGACAUCUUUGUGUUUCCCUCCGGGACAAUUGUCACUUGGGCCCUACCCCCUGACGUCGUCACGAAGCAGCUGUUGAGUGCGGCGGAAACACUGUUGAAGCCAGCCCUUCGAGAGGUCGAGGACCUGGAGUACGUUUCCGACCCGAACAAGGAGACGAGCGGCAUGAAGGGGGAUAUUGUGGUGUUGGGCACGAAGCUCGAGGAACGAGACGGCGAUAGACUUGACACAACUCUGGCCAAGAUUGCGUUCUCUUCCGGACUGGCCAGAAGCACGAAACUCGCAGUGCUCGAAAGCGCACUGACAGCAUACUUUGAGAGUACGAGGAAGAUCCCUUCGCUGUUGUCCAAAGGCUCCGGGCUGCCUUUGGGCAGAAAGUUCAUCUUGCAGAAGACGGGCGAGCUGCUGAGCCUUCGCGCAAGGCUCAACCACUACUCGGAGCUGACGGACUCCCUCCCCGACAUCUUCUGGGACAGCCGAUCUGAACUGGGCCUGGAAGGGUACUACGAACAGGUUGGACGGGCAUUGGACGUUAAUGUCCGAAUCCGAACGCUGAACCAGAAGAUGGACUACGCGCAAGAGAUUGCCAGCGUGCUCCGAGAGAUGUCGAGUGAGCAGCACAGUACGAGGCUAGAGUGGAUCAUCAUCAUUCUCAUUGCCGUUGAGGUCGUCUUUGAGGUGAGGAGGAUUGUGCUCGAGUAUAAAGAAGAAAAUCAGGCCGAGGCGGUGGAAGCAUAG